AUGACAGACACCCCCGACUCAAAAGGAAACAUCUCAGUCCUUGUCUCUGCGCCUACUUUCGACUUGAGUCCCUACCACCUCUUUAGCGAGGACAUAUUCCAGCACACCGUUGACAAGAUCUUGUCUGAUGAAGGGAGUUUUGAGGGUAAUUUUGACGAUUAUUCACCGAUUUGCGAUCAAGGGAAAAACGGGGAUGUUGGCAGUGGGGUAGACGAUAAACAAGGCCAUGAUCAGAAGAAGGUAAAGAAAAGGGAUAUGCAGGAACAAAAGCAAAGACGAAAACAGAAUCGGAAAGAGCCGAAACGUACUAACGCUGCUGGGGGUACGCGGUCUAAGUAUUUUAUCAAAGAGACCAUUGACGGGAUUCCUUGCAUUGAUCUGGAAUCUCCUCCGGGUCCUGAGAGUCCCGUGGAGGAGCGCGAGAAUGGGAAGAAUGCGGAUACAAAUACAAAUAUGGAUAUGAAUAUCCCCUCUUUGGAUGAUAAUCCCUCUGCCCUGGUUGACGACUCCGCGGUAGAGGACAUUAUUUUCUCAUCUGUCAGCCCGGAAGUACGGGAUAAGCUGCUCCACUUCAUCGUCGCGCACCCGUUUACACGCGAAGCGCAGUACCCGGUGAAGCGAUCCGCGAGACGCCGUUUUGUGGACGAUAUACGUGGGGAAGCUGUCGCCUCUGGGAUGGAUGAGGGGUCCAUCGCCGGCUUGAUCGGAUAUGUCAGGAAUACCUAUCUUGAACUCUAUGGAAACCGGACCGGAUUACCGGGGGGCUCUACAUUUGGUGAAGAGAUCGAUGAUGAUGAGAGUGCGGAAGAGAAGAGUGACAGAAAAAAGCGGACGUGGUUGUCCAGGAAUAAGAAAAAAGAGGAAAGCAGGUCUGGAGGGACUAAGAAACGAGUCUCCAUGGUGUCGGAGUCUGGGUCGCUGGGGCCGCGAAAUGGCACGCAAACCGGAGAUAUUGGUGCUGAGACUGUACAGGUAGAGCAUAUCGUGUUUGGGCCUGCGUCUGCUUCUAGCAUGUCUUCUGCGGAGAAUGCGUCAAAUAUACACAAUGGCAGUGAACAGAAUAGCCAUGUUUCUGGCGACUGUUUAUCGACAGCUGAACAGGCUAGGUAUCCGCCCAAUGGAUUUGAUGAUGAUGCUCAAGUCCAAGAAGUGGUUACCAUGCACGAACCUGGUUCUCCGCUACGAGAUUUGAAUGGCAAAGUUGAAGUGCUGGAACAACGAGAAUCUCACGAAAGGCCCUCUGAAAGCAUUCUUGAGAAGCAGACUCUUUGUUUACCCUUCUCGGAGACUCUAGAUGGCCCUAUGACACCUUCAAAGACCCCCAAUGACAAAAACAGAAGGAGAAGGGAAAGGAAUCUGCGGAAGAGAUUGGCACGAAAAAAGAGGAGGGCUGAGAAACGUCUCCGAUUGAACUUCAUUGAGAGCGAAACAGAUCAGCCAGUCGGACAGCUGAGCGCAGGUGCCGACGAUAUAGAACGUGAUACUAGCUCUUUAGCGCCGCCAAGUACCUUGGGUUUUCAGUGUCCGAUGAUUCGCAAGACGUGA